AUGGGGUCACCAACCACCGACAUCACCUCCAAACUCACCGAAUGGCACGAGGAAUGGUCCAGCGAACAGACCGACAACGACAUUUGCACUGCUUACGUCUUCUCCCCUGAGUGGGAGUCUCUAGUUCCCCCUCGAUGGGCCACAUACGAUGACCUGGAAAAGAGACGCCUGGCCGAGGGAGCACCGCAACUAGGAUGGCAGGACUCAGUUGACCAAAGCCGAAAGGCGUUGUCGGCCUUGAAGAACUUGCACUUCAAGCCCCUCGAACCUAGGCUGUGGCCGGUAUGCCCGCUCUGGGUUCAUCUAGCCAGAUACAAGGGAGGGCCAGACUUCGAUGCUCAUAAGAGACUGCACGGCUGGGCCUCGCUCCUCGAUGACUGGGAGGAAAUUCAACGGUUGAUUCGAGAUGAGCCUGAGUUCUGCGGCUCACUUUCGCCUGCCCAAAGAAGAUCGUUUGAUCUUCUCCAGUACUGGUGGAAGGCGGCUUAUUGCGACGCAGAGCUAUUGAGUGCCACCACUACGCGUCUCGAAAAGAACCGACCCUUUUGGACGAUAUCGGAUCCCUCCGAUGCAUACGAUCUUCGUCGCAUCGCCAGCGAAGUCAAGACGGACACCUUACUCUACCACUCGCAUCUAUUCAGGCUCUUCCUCUUCGAAUUCCACCCGAUGUUUUGGGAGCCUUUCCUCUGCCAUAUGAAGCUUUCUAGACUUCAGCAUGCCCGCCAUCCUCCUGCUGGUGAGCAGGUUCCGUAUCCUAUCGUUGUUCAGAAUGAUGCGGAACACCAGAGAAUCACUGCUGCCCAAGCGAGCAUCAACCCCUACUAUCUUUGGGACAACGAAAGUCAGCAGACAGUCACCGUGGAGGAGCUGCCCGAGUGCCCUCCAUACGUAUGUAUCAGCCACACGUGGGGUCGCUGGCGAACACGAACCGACACGACUGUUCCUGGAGUGCCGUGGCUGGUCCCAGAAAACACCAUAUAUGAUGUACGCGAUCUUCCAGGACAGCUCAAGGAACUUGGCUACCGCUAUAUCUGGUUCGACCUAUUCUGUAUUCCGCAGGACAAGAGCGAUCCGAGGGCCGCCCAGGAGAUUGCGAACCAAGCGUCAAUCUUCAAAGGAUCAAGCCACUGCAUCGCCUGGAUCAACGACGUCGAGUCCUGGCAUGGCGUGCUAGCCGCAUUAGACUGGAUGAGCCUCAAGUCGCAGUCAAUCCUGUCGAACCGUGACACCGACGCAAUCAAAGACAAAAUAGCCGAAGCAACGCAGGCGGCUACGGUGGCGAUGGAGCUGCUUAAGAAAAAGCGCCGUGAAGGAAUGGAAGACCUACCCGACCUUGUUGACGACCUUACGGCAGGCGAGCCAACCUUUUGGAUGUCCUCACUUUGGACUUUGCAGGAGUGCAUUCUCUGCCCUGAGAUCCAGCUGUAUACCCGCACCUGGACCAGGCUGGAAGAUCGGAGCGGGACGGCAAUUUCGUUGAGAACCCUCAUGGUGGUCCUCAGAGACACUCGAGAUUUCAACAUGCUGCCAGAGCCUAUCGCAACCUCCUUCAGCGAGCCCCUUCAGUACGAUGUGAAACUCGUGAAUGAUCCGAACAGGAAGACCAUUCAAGACAGCGCCAGCGACCGGACGUUUCCAAGUGCAGUCAGGGACCUCUACCAACUCUGCAUAAUGACCCGGCUUGACAACGCUCUCACCGCCGGCUCACCCACAACGAUCCUUACAAAUGCGAACCUUCGACACUGCUCAUCCAGCCGCGCUCCAGCCAUCAUGUCGGCCGUGAGCGUCACGGACUGGUACGUCGAGAAGCUGGAGGCCUCAAAGUCCACCGGCAAGCCUGCGCCGGCGGACCCCAUGGUCUACGGAACCUACCCGCUCGCCUUCCUCCGUGAAUGCUCGCGGAAGUUUGGAGCAAUCUUUUACCAGAGCAUGGCCAGGAAUCUCGUUCGUUCCACGGGCACGGCCAACGAAAUGCGCCGGGUUCUGAAGCGGAACGAGUCUGGUGGGACCAUGCUACCCGUGUCCAAGACCACAGGCUGGUAUGCCGGUAUCUCGGGAUCCUCUGACCAUACCUAUCUUGAUCGUAAGGAUCACGAGACCGUGGCAGGUUGGCUUAUCAACGAGGACGCGAGCGUUUCUAUGCGCGCGGUAGGCAUCGCCUUGACGUCGGAUGACAAGCCGGGGCCGCGCAAGUUAUCGGGCAGCAUUGACUGCUUUCUACCUCAGGACGACGUGAAAGCGGACAUGGAAUCGAAGAGAUACACGGCGAAAGUUCAGGACAUGCUGGCGACGCUAAAGGACUUGAGUAAUGGGUCGAGGCGAAUCUAUGCGGUUGCGCUCUAUGAGGACUUGGGCCUCGUACACGGCGUUUUGCUGGAGAAGUUACCUUUGUCCAUGUUUGGGAAACACUAUCUCAACAAGAUUGGUCAAUUCUUUUUGAAGAAUGAGUCUCUUCCUCCGACUUCAAGAGUCGAUUGGAAGGUGUUGUAG